AUCAAGUCACAACUGAGAGCACAUCUGUGGACACUGGGGAUACCAGAGUGAUGAUCUUCUCAUCCUUUCGAGAUAGUGUGCAAGAAAUUGCAGAAAUGCUUUCCCGGCUCAGUCCAGUUGUUAGAGUAAUGACGUUUGUUGGCCACUCCACAGGAAAGAGCACAAAAGGCUUCACUCAAAAGGAGCAACUUGAGGUAGUAAAACGCUUUCGUGAAGGGGGGUAUAACACUCUGGUCUCUACCUGCGUUGGGGAAGAAGGCUUAGACAUUGGAGAAGUAGAUCUCAUCAUCUGCUUUGACGCUCAGAAAAGUCCAGUUCGCCUUGUGCAGAGGAUGGGCCGAACGGGGCGCAGGCGGCAAGGCAGGAUCGUUGUCAUCCUUGCCGAAGGGCGGGAGGAACGGACUUAUAAUCAAAGCCAAUCAAACAAAAAGAGCAUCCACAAAGCUAUUUCGGGAAACAAAAUGCUUCAUUUCUACCAGCAUAACCCACGUAUGAUUCCAGAAGGCAUAAAUCCAAAGUUGCAUAAAAUGUUUAUUACUGCUGAAAAAUAUGAACCAAGCAAUUCAAGAAUGCUUUCCAAAGAGAGAAGAUCUAGUUCCCUCCAGCAUAAAUCUGCUCUCUUUUCCUGUGUCACCGGCCAAAAGCAAAUACAUUGUCAUGAGAAUUGGUCUCUGUCGCCUGAGGAAUUUGAAAUAUGGGACAGACUUUACAGGAUUAAGGAAAGUGAUGGAAUAAAGGAACCGAUAUUGCCUCAAAUUCAAUUUGAGACCUUAGAAGACCUGGAAGAAAUAUCAGAGGCAACUCAUGAACUUUCCUUGUCUGAAUGGAGAAUUUGGCAGAAUCGUCCUUUUCCUACAUCUAUGGUUGAUCAUUCAGAUCGUUGUUACCAUUUUGUCAGUGUUAUGGAAAUGAUAGAACUGAUGAGACAUGAACAGGGAGAUUGCAGCUAUGAACUGGAGAUUCAGCCUCACUUACGUAUUGAAGACGUUAAUGUUCAAAGGAAUAAAAGUCAUCUUUCCAAGACCAACUCCACAUUUUAUCAGAAAGCAUGCUCAUCUAGAAAAAACAUGGCACACAGAUCAAAAGUUAAACCAUUUUUACCUGAUACAAAUGAUAAUGGGAGUGAAUUCUUUACCACAUUUAAAAUAACAAAACCAAAGACUCCCAAAAGAACUUCCGGAUUAAAUUUGGAAGUGCCUGUCUUGCCUACAGAUACUAAUACUUUGGCUUCUUACUCAGCAAGAAGGCUUGCUCUGGUUGAAAAUACUGACCAGGGCGGUCAAAAGGGUGAGAAACUAGAGGUGACAUUUGACUUAAAUGAAUUUAUUGACCUAUGUGACAACAGUGAAAGUACUAUAAUUCAUGAAAAUGCAGCAAUAAAGGAAUACAAAACUGUAGAUAAAGCUUGUAGCUCUCUGAGGACGAACCAGGCAGAUUCAGGUUAUAGUAGCUUCGUAGCUGAGAAACCACCUGUUUCCUCUGACUUACUUUAUCUUCCUGAAUCGUAUGUGGAUUCAUUUGCACUUGUGAGACAGUCUGAGGAGCCUUCUUGGUUAAAACAAAUAUCUUCCCAUGUGAAAAGGCUUUUAUCACAGUCUCCUCCCUCUUUGACUAAACUUUAUAAUUUUGAAAACAUGAUGAGAAAUGAAGAAAGUAUAGGUCCCUUUCAAAAAGUUAUUUCUGAUAGUUAUUCAGAGAGACUGCAGGACAAAGUCUUCCCUGCAUCCUCAGAAGCUGAUCGUUCACUGCUGCUCUUUGAAAAUCCUGAGCUGAAAGUCUCCAGUGAAUUGUGUGCUUCUGUAAGUACGUGUUUUUCAAAAACUGUAUCAUCUUCUGACACUGCUGUUGUUAAAGCCAAAGAGGAACUUCACUGGAAUGACAGCUUUGAUAGUCUGUUUGACAAUGAAGAAUUCACUGAAUUUCAAAAGGAAACUCCGACAAUAAAUCAACCUCUGACAAAUAACGCUUCAAAUAAGUAUUUUGUUCAAAAAGAUAACAAAGAUCUUGAGAUUAACAAGAAUGUGAUUAUUGGUGAAGAGAAGAGCAUGCAUGUAUUUGAAGAUGAACACAUUUAUGACACAAAUAAUGGAAGUUUUUCUGCGAGCAAUAAGCAUUUAGUCGGGUCGGAUUCAGGUGAGAGUGUUAUUAGGCCAGUUGCAGAGCGAGGCUCUGAGUGGUUUCCGUCGGAGGUGUGCUGCAUGAACGCUGACAAAACCUGCAAGGAGCAACCAAUAAGCAGUAAAACCACAACCACGGAGAUGUCAGGUGAUUUUAGUGUGACCAAGCAGUUUCUGGAUAAUGAUGAUCUUUAUGACUGUUCUCAAGAACUGUUUACUGUUAACUUUGAUCUGGGAUUUUCCAUCGAAGACUGUGAGAAUGAAAUCUUUGAAGAAAAUAUAAAUACUAAUCAUACUAGCAAAUUAAACAGCGCCUCAGGGAGUCACACAGAUGUUAAGUCCACUAAUAAUGAUGAUCUUUAUGACUGUUCUCAAGAAAUGUUUACUGUUAACUUUGAUCUGGGAUUUUCCAUCGAAGACUGUGAGAACGAAAUCUUUGAAGAAAAUACAAAUACUAAUGAUACUAGCAAGUUAAACAGUAGUGCCUCAGGGAGUCACACAGAUGUUAAAUCCACUGAAGAUAAAAAAAAAUUACUGAAUGAUAGCUCCAGACUUGAAACGUCGCGAAAACGGGAUUGCAAAAGUUUGGAGAGAAGAGACGUUUCCACACCGUUGCAAUUCCAGAGUAGGAGCAUGAAGGACAGAGAAGAGACUGAGGAUGCUACCACUGUAGUGCCUUUCUUGAAGUCAGGAGACAGAAGAAUGGGAAGUGGAUCACCUGAAGCUUUGGCUUCUGCACUUUCUACCCCAACAAGUAGAAAGGUUAUAAAUAUUGAAGCUAUCAAAGGAAUUCCUAUGAACGUCUUCUGUAGUGCCAGGGAGGAAGGAACCAGCAGUGAUAGUGAAGAAGAGAUUGUUUUCCGGAGGAAAAAUAGGAAAAGAAAGAAUGUUUUGAAGUCUCCUGAUGUUAUGAACAAUAGUGAUUUUGAAUCGCCGAUUUGUGCCAUCAGAAAACGUCGACACCCGCUUAACAUGUCAGACAUGUCCAGUGAUGACAGCAUGGAUUUUCAGAAGAACUCGAGUAGGACCACAAAUAGCAGCUCAGCAGCCUAUAACAAAAAACAGCUAAGAAGUACGAAACGGCAGAAGGUCAAGAGCAAUUUUGCAUACAAGAAUGCAGCAAGACAGUUUUUAGAUGAAGAAGCUGAGCUGUCCCAGCAAGAUGCAGAUGGUGUUUCAUCUGAUGAGAGUGAUGAUGCCGAGAAUGAGCUGAACUCUUCACUUGCUCAGUUCCUAAAUGAUGAUGCAGAGGUCACACAAGUGUUAAAUGACUGUGAGAUGAAAGGAGUUUACCUGAAAUCUGUGCGUAGUCCAGCUCUUGGCAAUAGAUACAAAAUGGUUCAUCGUGAAUUCAACAACAUGGCAAUUUUCUCACAGAUUCCUGAGCAAGACCAGGCGUAUGCAGAAGACAGUUUCUGUGUUGGAGAGGAGGAAGAGGAAACUUGCCAAAAAACUGAAUCUAGUGAGGAAGAAGUGUGUGUUAAUUUUGAUCUCCUAAAUAAUGAGAGUUUUACUAGUGGAAAAAAACAAUACCUCACUCGCCGGAGAAAAAAAUUAAACCAGGCCGCCAUGGAAGAAAACUACUGUGUCCCAAUGCAAAAGAAGAAACCAUCUCGAAUUGUUGUUCUCAGCGAUUCCAGUGAGGAAGAAACAAGUGUCAGCAAUGAGAAGCCCAUGAAAACAGACUGUUUCAGGGCAGAACAGGAAAAUGCUAAGUUACCCAAGUCAUUGCCUACGGUCUCUUCUGUGCAGCACAAAAAGAUUGCUGGGGAAAUUGUUGUUCAUCAGUCUGUGGAGGAUAAAAGUGAGAUGCUUCUUGGCUUGAAAGCUUCCGUAUCUGAAAUGCUGGAUUUUCACCCAGAGCAUCAAGUCAGGAGCGUGUGCUUUCCACCAGCUGUCACUAGUUCUGAUUCGGGGAAGGCGGAUCUCCAGGCUCCCAGGGAGGCGGAAAGUUCUUUGAAGAACACCUGUAGGAGCACUUCAGUUCCAUCUUGUUCUGCUUCCACAAAAGCCUUUUCAGCUCCAGCUCCGUUUUCACAUGACCCUCUGGAGAAAAACCCUCCACUCUGUAUUCUGGUAGACAGUCGUGAGAUCUCCUCUGGAGCAGAGGUGAUUUCUUCCUUGAAGGCAGUGCAUGGAGUAAAGGUGCAGGUUUGCUCGCUGAGCAGUGGUGAUUACGUCGUGAGCAACCGCAUGGCCGUGGAAAGGAAAUUUCUGUCAGAAUUGCUGAACUCUGUGAACAGGAAUAAAGUCACGCAGCGGAUCCAGCGCCUGCAGAGCAUGUUUGAGAGAAUAUGUGUGAUUGUGGAAAAGGACAGGAUUAAAACAGGAGAAACGUCACGAUUUUUCCAGAGAACACAGUAUUAUGACGGUGUGCUCUCAGCCUUGGUCCAGGCUGGGGUCCGAAUUCUUUUUAGCUCUUGCCAAGAGGAAACUGCCGGUUUGCUGAAAGGCCUGGCAUUGGUGGAGCAAAGAAAAAAUGCUGCCAUCCGCGUGCCGACGGAGGUGGAGGGUCACAAACGGGAAAUGCUCAACUUCUACUUGAGCAUCCCUAAUCUCAGCUACCCGGCUGCUCUCAACAUGUGCCAUCACUUUGACUCCGUGAAGACGAUGGUGAACAGCUCCCCCUCCGACAUCGCCACCAGUGCCCAGGUCAGCCCGCGGAAGGCAGAGCAGAUCUACCGCUACCUCCACUACUGCUUUGACGUGCAGCUGCUGCCCGAGAACCUCUGCGCUAAGGGGAGAAGCAAUGCAGCUGCCAAGAGCUGA